AUGCAAAACACUCGAAAGUCCCUAGGUGGAGCCCCACUCCAGGUCGUGAACGCCAACGUUGCUCCUCCAACAACACCAGGCACCAAGGUCCGCAAGAUGCAGGCUGAACUUGACAAGAAGGAUUCUGAAAACGAAUCUCUUCGUGCCAGCGUCAAGAACUUGACCAACGCUCUUGGAAAGUUGGAUUUGGUCAAGGCCGCUGGCCCUAUCGUCAAUCCUACCGAGGUCAAGAACAACAAGAAGGACCCAAAGGCUCCAGUUCCUGCAAAGACUGCAUACAAGUUCUUUUGUGAUGUUUCUCCUGUCCAAGACAACAUGCAAAAGCUCUGGAAAGAGACUGAUGCAAAGAAGCGUGAGCCAUUUAUCCUCUUGGCCGCUGCUGAUAAGGAACGAUACCAAAACGAGUUUGCCGCCUACAACGAAGAAAAGAAGGCACUCGACAUGUACUACGACAAGAAGAAGCAAGAGCAGGCCAUGGCAUUUUUCGAAGCUCAUUUGGAAGCUCAAGCCGCAUUGAAAGAUGUCGAGGCUGGCAAGGAUAACAGAAAAGCCAACAAGGACCCCGAUGCUCCUAAGCGUCCCACCUCUUCUUACAUGUACUUUGCCAAGGAGACUCGUUCUGAAGUUGUUUCCAAGUAUCCUGAUGCCAAGCCUACUGAAGUCACCACCAUGAUGGGGGCCAUGUGGAAGCAGCUCGAUGCGAAGGCCAUGAAGAAGUUUGAGAAGAUGGCUGAGGCUGAUCGUGAGCGUUACGCCGCAGAGAAGGCAGUCUACGAUGCCAAGGUUACUGUCAAGAAGGCAGAGGCAGAGCAAGAAGAGAUCGCUCGUUUUGAACAGGAAAAGAAGGAAGCCAUGGAGCUUUUGGAAAGCUCCAAGCAACUUUCUGGAGAGAUGAUAAUCCAAAACGUUGGAGGGGAAGCUAUGUCUGUCGUUUCCGAUCUCUCCAACAAGAGCAAGAAAAAGAAGGACCCCAAUGCUCCUAAGCGUGCUUUGACUGCCUACAACUUCUUCUUCACUCAGAAUCGCGAAAGCAUCAAGUCCAAAUUGCCCGCUGAAUCUACCAACACGGAACUCAUGAGCGAGAUCGGUCGCCAGUGGAAGGCCCUAGCCGAGAGCAAGAAGCAGAAGUACAACAAGAUGGCCGAGAAGGACAAGGUACGAUAUGCCAACGAAAUGGCCAAGUACACCCCCAACAAGCAAGGGUAA